AUGGCGGCAAACUACUGGACCUCCUCCCAAUUCAACCACUGGCGCUUCACCCGUCCCCAACUCGACAAGAUCCGCGCGUCCACAGAAGCAGACACCGGCUUCCGCCAACAAGACCUCGGCGACCCGCGCCAUCUGCGCAUCUUCUUCCACUCCCUCAUCCAGGCCCUCGGCCGCCACCUCUCUGUCCGCCAGCAGGCCCUCGCUACCGCUGAAGUCUACCUCGCCCGCUUCUACACCCGCUCGGCUGUGCAGGAGACAAACCCGUACCUGAUCCUCGCGACGUGCGUAUACCUCGCGUGCAAGAUGGAAGAGUGUCCGCAGCACAUCCGCUCGGUUGUCUCCGAAGCGAAAUCCCUCUGGCCUGACUUUAUAACGCACGACCCGACAAAGCUCGCCGAGUGCGAGUUCUACCUGAUCGAAGAACUCGACUCGUACCUCAUCAUCCACCACCCCUACCGCUCGCUCGCGCAGCUCUCGAAAGCGCUCGGCGCGUCCGGGAAUAACGCGGGCCUGUCCCCCGACGAAAUGCAGACCGCGUGGUCGGUCGUGAACGACUCGUACGUGACCGAUCUGCCGCUGCUGUACCCGCCAAACGUGAUUGCGAUGACGGCGAUGUACAUGUCUGUCGUGCUGCGCAUGCCGUCCGCGGCGGCGACGCAGAACGAGAGGACGAGGGUGAGGUUGAAGAAGAUUGUGGAUUGGUUUGCGGGGUGUGGGAUUGAUUUGGAGGAUGUGGUUGAUUGUACGCAGGAGAUGAUCAGUUUGUAUGAGGUGUGGGAGUCGUAUAACGAGAAGACUAUUAGGGAUUUGAUGGCCAGGCUUGUAAAUAAGCGGUGA